AUGGUCUCCGCGUCAGAUGAGCAGAAGGCUCCUGCUGAUGUGACCAGUGGAGACGCCCGCUCCCCGCCCUCCGACACCGACGAGCGCCCCGUCCGUAAGCAGCUGAAGGAGACAUCGAUCGACUCCUCCUCCAACAUGGCUGCUUCUGGAGACUCGAGCUUCGCCGCAUCGGCCCCGGAACCGGGCAGCGGCAGAAAGCGAUCGUUCGAAGAAGCCCGCGGCGACACCGACGACGCCAUCGAGAACGGCGACGGGCCCCGCAAGCGAUCACGCGAGUGCACACCAGAAGACGCGAAGAAGGGCAGCGCCGCAGGGCCUGCAUCAGACAACGUGAGUGAGCCCGACCCCAAGGACCCCGUGCCUGCCACCCCCAAGGACCUGGCCACGGAUGAGUCUUCCCAUGGAACAUUCGACAGCUCCGACGUUGAGGUCAUUGUCAUUUCGGAUUCCGAGCCCGAGGAUUUCAACGCGCCCCCAGGAAUCAUCAAAAUCAUCGAGAUUUUCUCAGAUUCGGAGUCUGAGUCUGAGCCGGAGAUUGCAGAAGUGCCCGAUUCUAUCGAGGUAAUUUCCAUCUCGGACUCGGAAUCUGAAUCCGAGGAGGAAGCUCGGACUCCAGCGCCAACUCACACCCAAGAAGGAGGCUUUGACUCUGCAGAGCUCAAGUCGCCUGAGUCCUCUGUGUCUCGUGUGAGCACGCUCGAAUUAGAGAUUCCUGGGGCGCAGAUUGAACACCCCGCUCUUUCCCCGAGUGAGGCGUCAUCCAGUGGCUGGUCUAGUGACCAAGAGACCUGGUGCUUUGUUGAGAGUGAUAACACCAACACAUCUUCACAGGAUCCCAAGAAACUCGACAAUGCCGACGCGAUGACCGACGACGACGCUAAGGGCCUGACGAAGAAGCGAAGCUUAGAACAGCUGCAGGAAGAAGGCUCAAAGGAGGCCAAGGAGACUGAGAACAAGCGCCACCGUGAUAAUUCGCAGGAGCGUGAGACCCAAACAGCCAAUGCUUUUGCUCAAAGUGCAUUUGCAAACACGGCUGCCUCCUCGCCAUUCGCUUCACUUGGUGGUUCGACUUCAACUUCAACUGCCGACAAGCCCGCAUCGACCUCGGCAUUUGCCUCUUCGGCUCUCAGCUCCUUCGCUGGUUCCGAUAAUUCUCCUUUCGGCUCCCUUGGUUCCUCAAAACCAUCAGUUUUCAAGUCCGGCUCCGGAAUGUCUGGCUUCGGCUCUUCAUCGACUUCUGGCUUCGGUUCCCUGAAAAGUGGAUUCGCGGGCGUGAGCGGUGGUUUCGCUGCUGCUGCCAAGUCCGGCGGCUUGACAAACUUCGCAUCUCCCAAUGCCCCUGCGACCCUUGGCGGCGAGUCCAAGCCAUCGAAGCCUAUUGGCGCUGAUGAGUCUGGCGACGAGGGAAGCGACAAUGAUGAUGGCGAAGAGACCACCACAUUCGAGGCCGAUAAGACCGACGAGCGCUUCUAUGAACAGACCAGUUCGUAUUUCCUCCCAGAUCCCUUCCAAUUAAUCAGUUAUGCUAAUUUUGACACAGUUGAAACUGGUGAGGAAGAGGAAGAGAACCUCUUCGCCUGCAAAGGCAAGCUUUUCCACUUCAGCAACGGCGAGUGGAAAGAGCGUGGUGUGGGAACUUUCAAGAUCAACGCCCGCACAAGCGAGACCGGAAAGCAACAUGGUCGCAUGAUUAUGCGUGCCGACGGUGCUCUGCGUGUCAUGCUGAACAGCCCUGUCUUCAAGGGUAUGACUUUCGGUGACUCAAAGAACGAAGAACCGACCUCCAAGCAGAUCUUCCUCGCCAGCAAUGAAGAAGGCCGCACCGUGCCUCUGCUCUUGCGCGUUGGAAACGAAGCCCUUGCGAAGGAUCUCUAUGUCGUCAUCAAGGAUCUCCUAGACGGCGAGUGA